UUUAAAGUAGUUAACUCCCAACGACUGUGUCUUUGUAUAAGGCUGGCCUGCGUGAAAAAAUUCAGUUCGUACGCACAAUCGAUUAUUUUUUACGGAUGUGGUAAUAUUGAUUUUUAAUCUUCCUAUCUCCUUCGCCUCCGAUCGCUCAUUAAGAGCGCUCAUAACGAUGUGCCCGGCAUCGCUACGGCUGAUUGGCCCCGGCGUAAUGAGCGGUGAUGUUUUUGUGCCACUGAUGGCCUUCUCCGCUGGCUAAGUGCACCAUUUAAUAAAGUAGCCAAAUCAAGGAAUCUCCGCCGGCGAUUAUAGAUUAUGGAUCACGCUAUCCGUUUCCGCGUAAAUCCAACCCAGUAAUGUCAAGAAGAGGCUGCGAGCCACUCACCCCGGUCGUUUAUUGGCGUUACCUUGUCAGAUUGGUAAUUGACGGGGUUUGGCAGCGGUUGCUGUAGGACAAGAAAUCUCUCGCAGAGAAGUGUUGAGAAGAAACAAAUCGUUCCUUACGGCUGUGCAUCGCGCUUCCUGUUGCAGCGCGCUGUACACGUGUUAAGAAACCGUUAAGACUAACGUGGAAGCUCCGAUUGGAUAGGCGCGGUUGCCAGUUGCAUGUGGCGCAAUGUUCUCCGCGGACAGUAACAGCAGCCGCGACGAUGAGGAGACCUGCCGGCACAACUACACCAUCCUGCUGCUCUUCAUCAACGCCACCAAUCCCGACUACUUCCUCUACCGUCUGAACGACAUCAUCAUCCUGCUGACCAUGGCCGUGCUGGGCCUCCUCUUCAACGCCCUCAUGGCCUGGCUGCUGCUGCGCGACCAGCUCUGUGCCCCGUCGGCUAACGCCUUCCUGGCCCUGCACUUGGCCAUAGCCGAUGUGAUAGUGGCCUUGUUCUGCAUGGUCUCCGACGGGGCGUGGAAUAUCACCAUGCAGUGGAUGGGCGGCAAUGUGCUGUGCAAGAUCGUCAAGUUUAUGCAGAUGUUCGGAUUAUUUGCCACAACUCUGAUCCUAACGGGAAUGAGCGUGGAACGCUGCAUUACCCUAAUCUUCCCCAUCAGUAAGUCCGGUCGGCAUUUGGCGCUGAGGCGCAGCCGGACUAUUGCCGGGUUUGUCUGGGUGAUUGCCGGCGUGUGCUCCAUCCCGCAGGCGGUUAUCUUUCAUGUGGAGCGCGCGCCGAUUUGCGUGGACUUCUACCAGUGCGUCACUCACGGCUCCUAUUCCAGCGACCAACAAGAGCUGGCCUACAACAUGCUCAUCCUGUGCCUAAUGUUUAUUGUGCCGCUGGCCGUCAUUUGCGUCUGCUACAUCCUCAUCUUUGCCAGCUUUACCAAGGAGGCCCAGCAAGCACUCGGUGAUAGUGAUAUCAGACCGCAGCUGCUGAAUCCCCACGCCCGAGACGGUCCAAGACGCGGUCAGCGACUGUACUUGAAAAUGCGAAGGAUAUCUUUGUGGAUGACAUUUUGCAUUGCCGUAACGUUUGUUGUCUGUUGGACCCCGUAUUACAUGCUGACGUUAGCACAUCUCUUCAAAUGGAGCAGUCCACCAGCCACACUGGCAUCGUUAUAUCUCUUUGGAAUGAGCAAUUCCGUAAUAAAUCCCAUAAUUUUCGCCGGUUUUCGAUGGGUUUCGGCGCAGCUGCCGGGAAACACCCACAAUAAGAGCCAUGGGAAUGCUAUGGACACCACUGAAGUGCCCGCUGGCCUCGUGCGGCUGAGGUCGCCGACGUAAUGUCCGAAAUCGGUUGUGCACUGCACACCGUGCUGUACAGCAUUCGACUACCUAUGUCGUGAGCGCGAUGGAAUGCGAUUGCAUUUUCGUGCAAGAUUUCGUAUAUCGUCAAGCUGUAUCACAACUUCUAUAAUAAUAAUUGUUAUUCGUUCCAAAACAGUCAGAAUGCGUGGAAAGGCAUGUUUUGCUCAAAGCCUGUAGAAUACCCGUGAAUUUCAGAGAAAUGCACAAGUUAUUG